UGAGCGCGAGCAGCUGCAGUUGACAACGGCAAAGUUGCGGAAGGAAGAAGCUGCUGUAUAUACUAUAUACAAAAUAAAACUUAUUUAUAUUGUUUGUGUGAAUUAAAUAACGAAAAUGCUGCGUCACUUUGUGAGUUCGGAAGGCAAAAUUGCCGGCCUAGUGGGCACACAGACACGCCCACACCGCAGUUAUCACAGCAAGAAGGGCGUCUGGGGCUAUCGACCGGUCGCCAAGCGCGUCUUUGAAGUUGCGGAAGAAGCGAAACUGGCAAGGAACUCUCAGGGUAAUGUCUAUCGCUGGGUCGAGGCCUUUCGCCAGCACGGACACAAAUUGGCGGCAGUAAAUCCCAUCAGCAUCAAAGAGCCCAACAGCGAAAGCAGCGAGCUGCAGGAAUUAAAUCCCGCAUUUUAUGGACUGCAGACGCAGCAAGCGGUGCGCACCGCCAACCUCUUGAGUGCUCCAGCGGCAUCUUCUGGUGGCAGCCAAAAUGUCCAAAAUGUUGCCCAGCUGGAGCAGCUGCUGCGGGACAUUUACUGCGGCAGCGCAGCGAGCGCUGAGUUUGCCUACAUCGAGGAUACUGAGGAACGCGAAUGGCUGGCUCGCAAUUUUGAGACACUCAACGAACACCAGCUGCAGUCGACGGAGCGCUGCGAAAUUGCCGAAUUGCUAAUUAAGUCGCAGGCAUGGGACAAUUUCAUGGCCCUCAAAUUUCCCACAGUCAAGCGUUAUAGCGGCGAAGGAGCCGAGUCCAUGUUGGCCUUCUUCUGGCAGCUACUGCGCGACAGUGUGCAAGCAAACGUUGAGCAUGUGGUUCUGGCGAUGCCCCACCGAGGACGCACCUCACUGCAAGCGGCAAUGUUCAACAUGCGACCGGCGAAAGUUUUUCGCAAACUAAGCGGCACAUCAGAGUUUGCCGACAACGUCGAGGCCAUGUCCGACGUCAUAACUCACUUCCAUGUUUCGGAGCAGCUGCAAGUGCUGGGCAAAAGCAUCAACUUUAGCAUGAUACGUAAUCCCUCUCACUUGGAGGCAGCUAAUCCUGUGGCUAUGGGCAAGACACGUUCCAAGCAGCAGACUCGCGGCGAAGGCGCUUUCGACAGCGCGGCUACAGCUCAACCCUUUGGCCAACAUGUGGUCAAUGUGAUACUCCAUGGUGAUGCCGCUUUUGCCGGCCAGGGCAUCAAUCAGGAGUGCCUCAACAUGGCCUACGUGCCGCACUUUGAAGUCGGCGGCAGCGUGCAUCUCAUUGUCAACAAUCAAGUAGGCUUCACCACGCCUGCAGAGCGUGGACGUUCAUCUGCUUACUCCUCCGAUUUGGCUAAGUCGAUACAGGCGCCUGUAUUCCACGUCAACGGAGAUGAUCCCGAAGCUGUGGCACGCAUCACCAACUUGGCCUUCCGUUAUCAGCGCGAGUUCCGCAAGGAUAUCUUCAUCGAUAUGAACUGCUUCCGUCGUUGGGGUCACAAUGAGGUCGAUGACCCAACGUUUACCAACCCCUUGAUCUAUAAAAUCAUUCAUCAGCGUCAGUCUGUGCCCGAUCUCUAUGCCGACAAAUUGGCCACAGAAGGUGUCUUAAGCAAAGACGAGGCCAAGCAGCUGCGUGAGAAGUACAUGACUCAUCUGGGCGAGGAACUGGCUCUGGCGCUCACCUACGUACCGCCUCCCUCGUUCUUUGAGAAGCAAUGGGCUGGCCUCACCUCGGCACCAGCAAAUGAACUGACCUAUUGGGACACUGGCUUGGACUAUGGUCUGCUGCACUGGAUUGGCCAGCAGAGCGUGGCCUAUCCCGAGGACUUUUCCGUGCAUCCGCAUCUGCUCAAGACCCACAUCCAAGGGCGCCUCAAGAAGCUAGAGGCAGGCAACAAAAUCGACUGGGCCACAGCAGAGGCAUUGGCCAUUGGCAGUCUGAUGUACCAGGGACACAAUGUACGCAUCAGUGGCGAGGAUGUGGGACGCGGUACCUUCUCCCAUCGCCAUGCCAUGCUGGUGGAUCAGAAGACCAACGAAAUGUACAUUCCACUCAAUCACAUCGAAGGCGGCAACGGUGGCAAAUUGGAGCUGGCUCACAGCAUUUUAUCCGAGGAGGCUGUGCUGGCUUUCGAAUAUGGCAUGGCCAUUGAUAAUCCUCAGAAUCUGAUUAUAUGGGAGGCGCAAUUCGGUGACUUUGCCAAUGGUGCCCAAAUCAUUAUUGAUACCUUCAUAGUUUCGGGCGAAACCAAAUGGAUGGACUCAAAUGCACUGGUCAUGCUGUUGCCACAUGGUUACGAUGGCGUUGCCUCCGAGCACAGUUCGUGCCGCAUCGAACGCUUCCUGCAGCUGUGCGACUCGAAGGAAACAUCGCCCGAUGGCGAUGGCGUCAAUGUGCAUGUGGUGAACCCCACAACACCUGCCCAAUACUAUCAUGUGCUGCGUCGCCAGCUGGCACGCAACUUCCGCAAGCCUUUGGUGGUGAUAGCGCCCAAGACUCUGCUACGUCUGUCGGCAGCGACCUCAACGCACGAGGACUUCCAGCCGGGCAGCAUGUUCCACAAUGUGCUAGGAGAUAACACCGUGCAACCGGAACAGGUGCGCAAGGUCAUCUUGUGCAGCGGCAAGCACUAUUACAAUCUGGUCGAGGAGCGACAGAAGCGAGAGGCUCACGAUACGGCCAUUGUGCGUCUGGAAUCGUUGUGUCCCUUCCCCGUGCAGGAGCUGCAAGCCCAGCUGGCGCAAUACGGCAACGUGCAAUCGUUCAUUUGGAGCCAGGAGGAGCACCGCAAUAUGGGUGCCUGGACAUUUGUGCAGCCACGCUUUGAAAAUUUAAUUGGGCAGCAGCUCAAAUACUGCGGUCGCUCUGAGGCACCAACUCCAGCCACUGGCAUUGGCAAAGUGCAUAAACAGGAAGCUGCUGAGGUUGUCGCCGCCCCCUUUGAAGUUUAGGGAGUCGCUGCCUUCUGCCUUAUGCCUCCAUCCCCUUCUCCACUUCCAUAGCAUAUAUCACAAAGUACUUUAGCUCAAUAAAACUGCCGAAAAAAACCAACAACAGUGAGGGAAAACCAGGAAAAAAUAAAUGUAUACAAGGCCUGGAAAAAGUUCAAUGUGGGGGGGCAUUACAUAAUAAUUUAUCGUAUGGAAAAAAAGAGAAGAAAAGUCACAAACUUUAUGGCAAAGUUUUUAAUUGUUUGUUGCCACUGUGUCCACGGUACAUCAUUUGCUGUUGCUGCUCGUGGCCAUAAAAAAUUGCAAGGUUUAAUGCUAGACAAUUUGUGACAGAGCGGAAAAGGAAAAUAAUGUAAAGAAAAGUCUAUUUAACCUACCGUAAAUAUUUAUUAUGUUUAUGAAACAUUUUACAGACUUUCAAUUGGAAUUGUUUAAGCGGCGAAGUGACCUAACUUAAGUAAUGUAUAUAGUUAUAAAUCGGAGGAUUAACGUAUGUGGAUAACAUAGACAAGAAAAUUGCACAAUAAAAUACAAAAGAAAACUAAUUCAAUUAUUUUAAGUAAUAUCAAAUAUUUUAAGUACUACAAAUGGUAUAUAAAGUUGAAAUGGAAUGAGGUAUGUGGUGAGGUGAGGUGAGGAUUCCUACAUAUAAGGCGUUGGCCAAGGACUCUAAAUUGUGGACUCUAAAGCAACUUCGCUGGGUGUUCAGUGCUAGUAAGGGAGUCGUCGAAGAAAAUAAAAGGUAAGAAGGUAAGAAAAAGUCUCAUCACGCUUAAUUUCUAGAUGGUCAGGCACAAUUCAUCAACUAGGCCAGUUCCCAAAGGAAACACAACCAACUUAGACGACCUGCCUGCCAUAGACUCGCUCUAGAAUAUCGUAAAAGUCGGUGGACGUCUUAUAUGCAAAGUACAGAAGUCACAUCCAAAACACAAAGCCCAGGCACACGGCUAUUACAAUCAGGGCUGUUUCUUUACAAUUGGCAUUGUCCCAACCGCACUCCAGAUCGAAUUUCAAAGCCUGCAAUUGAUAAAUUAAAUUUAUAGUUAAUUAACACUUUGAUAUCAAUUCAUGUGCACUUACUUCCAAGAGCUGUUGACCGCCUUUGUUAUCACAACGCGUCUCGCGAAGAUCGUCGUCGUGAUCAUCGCAAUUGUGGCGUCCAUAAACCUGGCACGGUGAGUUCAUGAACGUGCGGAAAACUGUAUCGGUCCAAGUCUGCGAGGAGCAGAUGUAUUGUCUGCGCUUGCGCUGCCAGAACUCCACCCAACUAAAGGAAGAAGACAGAAUGAGCAAAUGGUUCAUCACUUGAUUAACUAAACUCACCCCAAAUCGCAAUCGCAGUUGAGAUCCGUGUGAGACAUCUUGAGGUCGGUUAGGAAGACGCUGUUCGGCAGAUAAGGCACUGCGCCAGUGUUUGGGAUUUGGUAUCUUUUUCAAAUUGCGAUUGUGAUAGCGUAUGUCCAGCGAAAUAUUGCGUACCCGCCCCAUGUGCUUGAAGAAGUUUGGCGGCAAGGCUUGCAGUGAAGUAUUAAACAAUUGCAUGUACAGGUAAGGAGAACGCAUGCCCUAAAUUUAAAAGAGAUGAAUAUGUAAUUAAAUAUUUAAGAAAGCUUUUAAAAAAAGUCUCACUCUAAGUAUGCGCUCGUUAAUAUUCGUAAACUGCGGCCCACUAAACGUAAUGUUUGUCAACUUUGAUGGCAGAUGUCCUUCCAUUUCACGCAGCAGAUCUGUUGGCAUGCCCAGCUGUACUGUCUGCAUUUCCUGCGUGGGUCCCGAACCCUUUUUGACAAUGCGUGUAAAAGGCUGCGGUGCCUCAAUCCACAGCUCUCUGAUAUUGUGAUGAUGGCGCAGCAAAUGAGGAAUAUUAAAGUGCUCUAGGUGCGAAUAGGCAGUAAGCUUGAGGGAACGCAAGUGGGGCAGUGAAUCGAGGCAACCAUACUCGAAAUAAUGCAAACGGAAGUUGGAGAUGUCCAGCAUUUCGAGAUCCUCGUUGACGCCAUCAAAACUGUUGUUGUUGAGCGAGGUAAUCGGGUUUCCUGAGAGCAUUAGACGGCUGUAAAAUAAACAAUUAUAAAUUACAUUUAAAAUUAAAAUAAAGUUUGUUUUACUCACCGCAAAUGUGGGAGCGAUUGCGUCAUUAGAGGAACAUUGGUCAAGUCAUUGUUCGAGAGAUCCAGCAUGCGCAGAUUGCUCAUGUUAUGCGCCAGCUCCUGGGGAAUGGAAGGCAGUUCAUUGUAGCCCAGACGGAACUCUCGCAGAUACUUCAAACGUAUCUCAGGCACUGUGCUGAGUGAAACAUUCUCCAAGCCGAGCUUAAUUAGUGAAGUUUCCAGUCCCAUAAACGAUUUAUCCAUAACUUUAAGAUCACGAUUGUGGGAGAGAUCGAGAACUGCCAAUUUGGGCAUUGUGGCAAAGACAGCAUCAUCGAUUCGCAGCAAAUAGUUAUACGAGAUGUCUAGAUAACGAAGGGACUGAAAGAGAUGAAGAAGAAUAAAUUUUUUUUUUUUUUAAAUCGAGGACUGUUAGUACUCACUCUGAACUUGUUCGACAGAUCCAUGCUGUGUAUAGUGGAAAUGAAAUUAUUGGACAAAUGCAGUUCGCAGAGCGUCAAGGCAGCCAAACUGGAGAGCGAAGAGGAUGGUAUCUUCAGUAGCAUAUUGUGCGAGACAUCCAAUCUGCAAAUAUUAAAAAAAUAUACUCGUAUAUCAUAUAUUCUACAAAUAUUUGUUUAACCCAACUUACUUCUCCAUGCCGCCAUUGUAGAAGAGAUUAUCGGGCAAACCGCGCAGUUUGUUGUGCGAAAAGUCCACAAUGCGCAAUCCUUGCACUGGCUUAAAGAUAUCCUGUGGAAUGUCGGUCAAGUAAUUAUGAUCGAAGAAGACCAACUGCAGUUGUUUGGUAUUUUUGAAGGCAUCAAAGUCCAGUUCAUGUAUCCAAUUGUAGCUUAGAUCAAGCCACUGCAAAUGCGGCAUGUUGCCAAACACAUCUCGAGUGGUGUUCUAUGAGAAAGGCAAUAUUUAGUAAACUAUUAAGUUUUUUACUUAGAAAGACGCACCAUGAGCGAAUUAUAACCCAAAUGCAAGUGGGUCAACGAAAUCUCAGCAGGCCGGAAAUAGCCAGGAUAGAUAAUGGAGAUGUUAUUGUGGGACAGAUCCAAGAUCUUGAUAUUCGAGUGAUACAUGCCGCCUUUAAAAACAAAGAUUAUUAGCAACUUUUAGUAUUUAUAAUUCGUGAUUCUUUCUACCAUGCUCAUUGCGUCCACUCCAUGAUGAAUUGUACAUCAGCUGCCGGAUCUGAUUGUGGCUAACAUUCACCUUUAAAUUGGACAACGUUCCAACUUGAUCAAAGUAAUCGAAAUUAAAGUUUGGCAGCUGAUUGAAAGCCAUAUCCAAAAUCUCGAGUUUGGGCAGAUUUUGGAAAGAUUCCUCAGCCAGAUUGUUUAGUUUAUUGCCACGCAAACUUAGAUACUCCAAUUCAUCCAAAUUCAUAAAUGCACGACGCUCGACCUUGUCGAUUUUAUUGUCAUCCAACUGUAGUUUGCGCAACGCUUCCAAGUCAAAGAAAGUGUGUUGCGAUAUCGAUGUCAAAUGAUUGAAACGCAACGAAAUCUCCUCCAGCUUAGAGUGUAUAUCGCCUUGGAAAGUGCCCUUCAGCACCUGCUCAAUGCGAUUGUCGUGCAGCUCCAGCAAUCGCAGAUUCUUCAGGAAAUGAAAACUCGUAUCGCUCAUGCUGCUAAUGUGAUUAUUGCUAAAGUCCAGCUCCUGCAGCGAAGUAAGAUGUCUCAAUGCCUCUGCAGGCAAAGCACUGCCAGAGUAGCCAUGCGACAUCUUCAACGAGAUCAGCGAGUGUCCAAUCUACAAAUUAAUGCAUAAAUUAUAAAGGAGUCAAAGGAAACUCUUAACUGAAAACAAACUUCAUGGAACGCAUCAUUCUCAAUGCUAGAAAUGCCAUUCUCACUAAAGUCCAGACGCUUUAAUCCUCGUACAUGCUUGAAAGCAUGCGAUUGUAUGCCCGAGAGACUCGCUCGCGUUAUCUGCAGAUCCUCCAGUUCGACACCAAAGUCCUUGAAGUCCUCAGGACCCACCGAGGAGGAACCCAUGCGUGAGAUGGACAGCGAUCGCAUGUUCCGCAUUCUGGUCAUACUUUUUGCAAAUAAAUACAAAAUACGAUUUGCUGGGAUAAGGGGUGCGGGGAACAGGAUUGUUUCUUUUUGUGCUGGGGUCACUUACUUGCGCAACGUUUGCAGAUUGGUUGGAUCAUUGCGAUCGCCACUCAGAUCCAGUUUAAGCAACGUGUAAUGCAUGGCAUUAAAGGUUUCUGUGGGCUUCGGGAUUUUGAUCUUAUUGUCACGCAUGCUGAUGACCCUGUUUAAAGAGAGAGAGAGAGAAAAAGAGAGAAGGAAAAGUGGAAAAGCAAAAUGCUGGUUAGCUACUUAUUUCAUUUCCCCUUUUUUUCGUCACGUUUCCGUUUCGAAAGCAGGUCACACACUUAGGGGAAGCCCCACAUCGCUGUUGGGCGGGCGCCAGCCAAUCCGAUUAGGCUUGAGUCUCCAACCACUUACCUCAAGACAUCGAAAUUAUUGAACAGCUUGUGGUGUAACUUGGUUAGAUUGUUGCCCGACAGAUCCAAAAUCUGCAGACUAUUCACCAAACUAUCAAAGGCCACCGGCGAAAUAUUCGUCAGUCCACAAUAACGCAUAUAGAUCUCGCGUAUGCGAGCAGGUUUAAAUGCAUCAUCCUAAUGAAUAAUAAAUCAUAUCAUUAUAUCAUAUCAAUCAGGGAUCAUGUUUAAUUCUUAGAUGCGACUCACUCGCAGUGUGUGUAUCGGAUUGCCAUCGAAGAAGGUGCGAUUGACGGUAUCAAAAUAUUUGAACGAAUUCGGUGGCAGCACUUCAAUGUGAUUGUACUCCAAGUGCAGAUUGUCCAGAUUCAGUUUGGUGUUGGCCUUAAUAUCAUACGUUUCAUUACCACUCAAAGACCAGAUGACAUUGUGGGAAAUGUCCAGCGUACGCAGACUUUUUAGCGGACCCAGUGCAUCGUAGGGAAUCUCCGAGAGAAUGUUAUCCGUAAGCAACAGCCGCGUCAAACGCGGCAUCCCAUCAAUAAACACAUUGGGAUCUAUCUCAAACAGACUAUUCCCACUCAAAUCCAGCGUCUCGAGAUUGA